AUGCCUACUUUAGAUUUGGACUCAAUAGAAUUUGAUUGGAUUGAGGAGGAAAUAAAUUCCUUUAUUUACAGAGAAAAUCUCAUUAAAUUUGAUAAAAAUAUCAAUUCAUUGAAAUCAAACACCUACUAAGAAAACUAUGGUACUGGUGGAAAAGGUCUAAUAAGUAUUUAUGGAAGCCUAAGGUUGUAAAUUGCUGAGGAAAUUUUCAAUUAAAACGGUGAGUCUUGUGAUGAAAUCUUGAGCACUGAUUUCUUUAGAUAAAAUUUUAAAAGCUACUCCUCAAACUAUUUUAGCAUUGUAAAAGUGAUGAAUGAAUUCAUAGAUUUGCAAAAGAUUUAUGAAAAAUAAGAGCUAUUGAUGAGAUCUCUAUAUCUAAUACAAGGUUCAUCUUUUAUAGAAAUCGAUAAUGUAAUUGCCUCAGAAAAUUGGAUCUUCAAAAUUUUAGAAUUUAAAGAUUACUGA